CCAGAGAGGAGCAGAGCAGAGGAGACGAGUGUGGAGAGUUUUAGCGGAUCCUUCAUGGAGUUUUACUUUUCCUCUUUAUUUUCCGUAUAGAAUUAGGGCGUCAUGAUAACUUCUAAACUUCCCACCGCACUUUUUCUUAAACGGAAGUGUUUACCGACAGCCUUGUAGCGUCGUUUUCCCGAGACUAUAGAUGAGUUACGGUAAAAUAUUAACUUUGAACAUUUUCCAUCCCCCGGACCCCGCGGAUCCCUCAUAAUGGAAUCCAGACAGAGGAAAGGCUACGGAGGGUGGCGAGUGCUGAGUCUAUGGUUUUCUCUGGCGUGCUUUACAGGCGCGACCGCGCAACUCAGCUACUCUAUUUUGGAGGAGCUAAGACCCGGGGCUGUGGUCGGGAAUAUCGCUAAGGAUUUGGGCCUCACGGCUCAGAGGAUAAUUCAGAGAAAAUUGCGGGUGAUCUCGGAAUCUAACGCUCAGUACUUCGAGGUAAACCAUGCGACUGGGGAUUUGGUUAUUAGACAGACAAUUGACAGGGAACACAUGUGCGAAUUAAGUUCAACGUGUUCACUACAUCUUGAGAUUGUACUUGAGAACCCUUUAGCAAUACAUCGGGUUCUUGUGGAUAUUGUGGAUGCGAAUGACAAUGCGCCGCAGUUUUCCACUAAGAAUAUUUCCUUGGAGAUAUCAGAGGCGGCCGCACCGGGCACCCGGUUCCGACUGGAGAGUGCGCACGACCCAGAUGUGGGUAUCAACUCUCUGCGCACUUAUCACCUAGCACCCAACGACUGCUUUGUUUUGAAUGUGGAAACGAAAAGUGACGGGAGUAAGUUCCCGGAAUUAGUUUUAGAGAAGGCUUUGGAUAGGGAGACGCAGGCCUCGUUUCGCCUGUUGCUCACUGCGGUAGACGGGGGAAAGCCGGAGAAGUCGGGAUCCACUCUUUUACUCAUAAAAAUUCUGGAUGUCAAUGACAAUGCGCCCGUCUUUGAAGACCCGGUGAAAAAAGUUAGCAUUUUGGAGAAUGUUGAACCGGGCACUUUAGUAACGAAACUGAACGCGACCGAUGCGGAUUACGGUCAGAAUGGGCAGAUCUCCUUCCUGUUUAGUAAAUACACGCAGGACCGGGUGCUCAAGCUAUUCAGCGUGGAUUCUAAAACCGGGGAGAUCCGUGUAAAUGGCCAGGUGGACUAUGAGACAGCGAAUGAAUAUCACAUCACCGUGCAGGCCAGGGAUGGUGGAACCCCCGCCAUGGAGGGUUCCUGUAACAUUAUAGUUGACGUCACUGAUGUGAAUGACAAUUCUCCAGAGGUAACGUUGACGUCACUGACCAGUCCCAUCAGAGAGGACGCAGCUCCUGGUACAGUCAUCGCCCUCAUCAGUGCAAAGGACCUGGACUCUGGUAAGAAUGGGGAGGUGACAUUAAAGGUCCUGUCCGGCCUGCCCUUCAAACUCAACUCUGCCUUUGGUGAGCACUACAAUCUCGUCACGGAUGGCAACCUGGACCGAGAGACCAUGGCAGAGUACACUGUGGUCAUCAUGGCGACCGACGCGGGCUCCCCUCCCCUGUCGUCGCGGACGACCUUCGUGGUCAAGCUAUCAGAUGUGAACGACAACGCUCCUUCAUUCUCCCAGCCCUCCUAUUCAGUGGACGUCCCAGAGAACAACGAUCUCAGCACCCCCAUCACCAUGGUGACGGCCUCUGACCCGGACACAGGGGACAAUGCCCGUGUCUCCUUCUCCAUCCUGCCCAGCAUGGUUCAGGGCUCCCUCAUUUCCUCCUAUGUCUACAUCAACCCAGAGACUGGACAUAUCUACAGCAUGCGCACCCUAGACCAUGAGACCCUCAAUGCCUUCCGUAUCGAGGUGCAGGCCCGAGACGCCGGGGCGCCACCCCGGACUGCCAACGUCACCGUGCAUGUGUUCGUAGUGGAUCUUAACGACAACGCGCCCCUCAUCAUAUAUCCGCCCUUUCCCCAGGACAUGGGGCUGCUGCUGAGUGUACCCCAGUCGGCUGGGCCGGGUCAUCUCAUUAAUAAACUAGUAGGGGUGGACCCUGAUAGUGGACAUAACGCUUGGCUGUUCUACUCCAUCGCCCCAGGGCCACACGCUGGUCUCUUCCGCAUCGGCCCCCACACUGGGGAGCUCCGCACCGCCCGCAAACUAGCCGAGGAGGAGGGCGGCUCCGCCUAUGACAUCAUCGUGGUCGUGCAGGACAACGGCGAGCCCACUCUCUCCACCACUGUGGCCAUCACAGUGACCGUGGAGGAGAAGGGCACCAGCGACGCCGCCACGGACCACCGGAAGACGUCUGUGACGCGUCGCACCGGCAUGCCUGACAUCACCCUGUACCUCAUCAUCUCGCUGGCCUGUGUCUCGGCCGUGUUCUUCCUCACCUUCCUCAUCCUCAUGGUGCGAUGCCUCCGCCACCGCAGCGACCUCGGAGGGACAGGCUGCUGCUACAGCCGCCACCGGCCCAGCAGGGCCCACCAUCAGAGACCCAGCAAGGACCUCCACCUGCAGCUCAACACAGACGGACCCAUCCGUUACAUGGAGGUGGUGGGAGGAGCUCAGGACCCCCCAGGAACACGGACCUACAGACCCUGCUACUCCACCAUCUCCAGCCGAAGUGACUUUGUGUUUGUCAAGACGCCCAUGAUGAGUCACAACAACACCCUCAGCAUGACACUCAACAGGAAGCACCUAAUGAACUCAGCCAUUGAGCAAAAGCCUCCGAACGCUGACUGGCGCUUCACACAAGGACAGAGACCUGGACCCAGUGGGGCUGGAGGUCCCCCUGAGAUGGCCAUGGGAACAGGACCCUGGCCCAACCCCCCCACUGAGGCCGAGCAGCUCCAAGCCCUGAUGGCCGCAGCCAACGAAGUGAGCGAGGCGACCGCAACCCUGGGGCCGGGCACCAUGGGACUAAGCACCCGUUACAGCCCCCAGUUCACCCUGCAGCACGUGCCCGACUACCGCCAGAACGUCUACAUCCCUGGCAGCACCGCCACCUUGACCUCCAACCCCCAGCAGCAGCAGCAGCAGCAGAUGGCAGCCCAACAUCAGGCCCUGCAGGCCCAGCCCUCUGAGGCCGCCCCUCAGCCUGAACCCCCCAAGGCUGCCCAGACUCCCGCCUCCAAGAAGAAGUCCACCAAGAAGGAGAAGAAGUAGGAUGGGUGGAGGAUAGAUAGAUAUGGAAAAUACGAUGAGAAAAGAAAAAAACGAUCCGAUGAGGACUGAAAUCCCACCCCCCCACCCCCUACGUCUCCUCUCAAUGCGUUUACUCUAACCAGGGUCUGGAUUCUAUUGGUCACGCUCAUAUGAUAACACGAAAUAUGGAGAUGUUUGCGAAUGUUUGUCUUUGGGCUCUUGAAUCUGGAAUGCGUUGUAGGUUUAAGAGCGAACAGCGUUGACAUUUUGUUUUUGUUUUCUUGCUGAAAGCUAUCUAGAAACAGGUUUUUGUUUUCUUUCUGAAAGCUAUCUCGAAACAGGUUUUUGUUUUCUUUCUGAAAGCUAUCUAGAAACAGGUUUUUGUUUUCUUUCUGAAAGCUAUCUAGAAACAGGCUUUUGUUUUCUUUCUGAAAGCUAUCUAGAAACAGGUUUUUGUUUUCUUUCUGAAAGCUAUCUAGAAACAGGUUUU